AUGUCUGAUUAUUAUAUCCUUACAGAAUUAGAGCAGUUCGUAUCAAAAAUAUCUCGUUUUAAGUACUUGUGCUGCGCCUUAUAUGCAAAUAAAGUUGCUUUCGGCGCAUCUGCUGGCAGUGUUCAUUUAUAUUCACUGACAGAAGCUUCAUCACCUAUAGUUGUUUCAAUCCCUUCAAUAGUUACUGCUAUACAACUACUUUCCUUCUCACCAGGAGGAAAAUUUUUAGCGGUUGGCGGAAAUUCAUCACUUCAUUUCAUCGAAGAUCCACUUACAAACCCAGUAGUGAGUUAUUCAGUCGAUCUAAAAGGAAAAAGACCAACUACAUUAGACUGGAUAUCAGAACCUCCACCGAAAAUUUCAAGAACUCCCUUUUUAUUGAUUGGCGAUGAAACAGGUGGAGUUUGGACAGUUAGACAUCAAUCUGCCGACUAUAUUACCACAGUAAAUUCUCCAAUUGUUCAAUUACAAUAUAUCUCAGAAGAAUCAAUACUUGUUAGCGCUAAAUCAAGUCCUUGCUUCAUUAAAGCAGGAAAUGUUGUUAACAUUCGUGGUAAAAAAGUUACCGGCGACUUCGGAUCCUUAUAUUCUCCAACACAUAACGCGAUAUUCUUUUCAAAACCCGAAUCUACACUUCUUAUAGCAUCUCCAGAAGGAAAACCGCAAGCUAAGAUUGUUCUUGCCGAACACAAUACAAUUCCAGAGACUUUUUCAUCAAAUCUUUCAUAUCUUUUAUUAUGUUCAACAUUUUUAAUUUCAGUUGGUCCGAACUGUCUUGCAUACAUCGUUAAUUUAAACAACGGUACUCCAGAAGGCACUAUCAUACCAAAUUCCGAAUAUUGUGAUUUCUCAUCUUACAAAAACUACGCAUUACUCAUGUGGAAGGACAAAUUGACCUUGUUCAAGGCAUGCGAGAGCAAUGAAGAGUACUACAGAUACCUUGUUGAUCAAAAACAGUACGAAAAGGCUCAAGAAUUAGCAAUGCAUGACAAUGUCAAGGACAUGAAGCUCUUAAAGCUCAUGGAAGUCAAUCCUUCAGAGAAAUUCGAACAAUAUCUACAGAAAGUUGACUUCGAAAGCCAGCCACAACCUUUACAAGCCGUGGAUCCAGAAUUUUACGGUUUGGUCACUUCACUUGAUGUUCCUGACACAAAGACGAUAGAAAAACUCAAGUCCAUGUUACAACAAUUAGCACUUGAACCAGAAGUUGUUUCAAAAGUUCGAAACUAUGUCAUUAAAAAUCCAAAUGAAUAUUUUAAUUGGGAAAAGUUUUUGAAUCCCGAUGACAUUGUUUCCAACAUCAAUUCCUCACCAGAGAAUUCCCAAAUUGUCACUAAGAUUGCUGCCAAAGGGUCAUCACAACUCUGCCGAAUGUUGGCAUCGAUUUCUUCAUUUGACAUUUCAAUUUUGGUGGCAAAUUCUCCUCCAAUUUAUCUCCACAACGUUGAUGAACAGAGGAAAUCGCUUUUCAUAGAUAUGAUGGCAAAGAAAGACGUGUUCUCCGCAUACGCAAAGAAGGAAGAACCAGAAGAAAUUUUAGUUGAAUCUCCAUACGCUGAAAAAAUAAAAAAUAUUAAUCCAGAAAAAGUGACACCUUUUGAUGUGAUGUCACUUUUGAAGUUAAAUGAGUGGGAGCAGAACAUUACUAAUGAGGUAACUGAGUUAUGCAAUCUUGCGGAAAGAUAUAAUUUGUCACGAGAAGACAGAGGAAUUCCUCCUUGGGUUGAUCAAAUGAUUUCGGCUGAAAAAAGUGAAAUUUCUUUCGACCAAAACGCAGUGAAAUCGACUGCAGGAAAUUGGGGAGUAAGAGCUGACCUCUCUGUAUGCCAGGUUUGUGGUUUACCUCUAAAUCUUGGAGAAAAUACAACUAGCGCGGCAACUUUCCCUUGUGGACAUACAUUCCACAUUAGCUGUCUUAAAACAAGAUACUGUCCUUCUUGCUAUUCAAAUAAGCUGAAAUAA